CUAUUGAAGUUUCCAGAUGAGCUUUGCAAACUUAAUUUUCUUACAGAGUUGAGGAUUGAAUGGUGUCCAAAGAUUGAAUCAUUUCCAGAUACAGGGUUUCCCUCCAUGCUUAAGCGCCUUGUAAUCGGUGAGUGUGGUGGUCUUAAGAGCUUUCCGAAGGAGGUGUUACACAACAACAAUUGUCUUGAGUAUUUGGACAUACAUAAAUGUUCCUCUUUGAUAUCAUUUCUUGAGGAAGGAAACUUGCCUACUACUCUGAAACAUAUGAAAGUUUACUACUGCAAAAUUCUUACAUCACUGCCUGGGGGUUUAAUGAUCAAAGACAACAUGACUCUUCAGAUUUUGGAGAUAGACAACUGCCCCUCUCUCAUAUCCUUCCCAAGUGGUGAACUACCCACAACACUAGAGCGUCUUGAGAUUGGUGAUUGCUCUAAACUCCAGACCUUACCAUUCAACCUCGUCAACCUCGUAAAUCUUGAGACCUUGGAAGUAAUUAGAUGCCCCCUUCUUGAGCAUUUUCCAAUGGGUGGGUUGCCAACCAACAUGAAGACAAUUAGAAUUUCUGAAUGUGAGAACCUCAAGUCCCUACCUGAGUUUAUUUACAAACUCAAGCGGCUUCAAAGGUUGGAGAUAUCUUUUUGUCCAAGUCUCAUAUCUUUGCCAAAGUCGGGACUGCCCACCAAUUUAAGAUUACUGAGGGUUACAGAUUGUGAAAUGCUUAAUCCCGUAGAUGAGUGGAAACUUCACAAACUCAAAUCUCUUCAUGAUCUCACCAUUGGUGGAUUUCCUGGCCUCGUGUCGUUUUCAAAUGAGUAUCUUCUUCCACACAGUCUAACCUCUCUUGUUCUCCAAAGACUCCCUGAUCUUGAAUCCAUAUCGGAGGCGCUCCAGAAUCUCACCUCACUUCAAAAUUUGGUUAUUAGUGAGUGUGAUAAGCUCCAAUCUUU